AUGGCGACUCAAAACCCUAAUCCAACAGCUUCCAGUUCUUCAUCUUCUUUACCUGCUUUACCUUUAAAUUUGACAUUGUUGAUCUCCAAUCUCAAUGCUCUUGUAACAACCAAGCUUGAUUCAACAAACUACAUUGUUUGGAAAAGUCAAUUGCACAAUAUUCUGAAAGCUACGAAGCUUCUUGGAUACAUUGAUGGAUCAGAGAAUGUUCUUGCCAAGAGAUUUACAUCUCUUUCUAGAUCUCACAUUCAUCAGUUAAAUAACAAACUCAGUCCAAUUACUAAGAAAGGCUUGACAAUGGAAGAUUUUUUGAGUCAAUUCAAAGCUAUUUCAGAUGAGCAUUUUUUAGCUUCAUCACCUGUGAAUGACGAGGAUUUGAUCUUGUUAAUCCUCAAUGGUUUACCAGAUGAACACAAUGCUUUUAAAACCACAAUUAGGGCUAGAUCUGCCCCUAUUUCUCUAGAACAAUUGUCUGCUCUUCUUUAUUCUGAGUCCAUCCAUGUUGAGUCUUCUCUCACACAUACUCAGACUACAGAAAUUCCAUUUGCAUAUUCUGCUACUCAAGGCUACAUAGGAGGUUAUAGAGGCUAUGAUCAGAUGGCUAUUGGUGAUGGUUCUACCUUACCUAUUUCAAAUACUGGUAAUGGUUUACUUCCAACUCCUAAGUUUCUAUUUCAUCUCACCAACAUGCUUCAUGACAAGACUACUCAGAAGGAGCUGUAUAGAGGUUCUUAUUCUCAUGGUCUUUAUCCUCUUGCAUCUUCUUCUUCUAUAAUUUCUUCUCCAGUUUGCUUGUCUUGUUUCACAAAGACUUCUUCUUCUGGUUCAACUCAAGCUACUCCUAAUUGGCAUUUUAGGCUUGGACAUCAUUCUUUCAGGAAGCUUCACCAUGUUCUUACUCAUAGUCAUUUAUCUACUAAUAAAACCUUAAUUCCAUCUUCUUCUUUUUUGUCUCAUCUUACCACUUUACAUAAUUUCUUCUGGUCUUCUUAUUCUGCCCUAGCAACAACUAUUUCUUCUCCUUAUUCUGCACUAGCAUCAUCUGUUUCUUCUCCUCUUGCUCUAGCAGUAGUGAUGAUGUCUGCAUCUGCAGUAACAGCAUCAGCAGUACCUAUUUAUUCUCCUUGUUUUGCACCAACAACAGUGGUAAUGUCUCCACCUGCACUCACUGUUGCUUUUGUACAACAACCUUCAUCCCACAUUCUCAUUUAUUUAUUUAUUAUAGAUCUUCUUUCUCUUUCCUCUUCCAAUUCUCACUCCAUGCUAACCAGAUCCAAAGCCAAACUUUUUUCUACUGCUUGUUUGUUGGCAUCUGCUGCUCCUAUUGAACCUCAAUCCUUUCAGGAAGCAUCUACUUCUCUUAAUUGGCAGGCUGCCAUGCUUGAUGAAUAUCAAGCCUUGCAAAAACAAUGCACUUGGUUUUUAGUUUCUCUACCUUCCACCAAGGAAGCCAUUGGCUGCAAAUGGGUCUUUUGA